AUGUCGUCUGCUGAUGCUCGCCUCGAAGCCCCUGCCCCUGUCACUGACGCCGUUCAAUACGAUUUUGCGCCUAUCACCGACGCCGUGCAAUACAUCACCUGGGGCAUGCACGGAAAUCUCUACAUGGAACGCCAAUUCUGCGUUGGACCCAUGCUCAUCUUUGACGAAGGGAUCCCGGACCUCAUCGAAAACCAGCGGUUUUUCCGCAGAGUUCACUUGCCUUCUGGAGAGACGCCGCUUCGCAAGCGCUCGGAGAUGGUGCGCUACUUCUGGGAGAACAAUGGCGAGGGCGAGAUGCAGCUUAUCGCCUACUACCCUGCUACCGAAAUGGCUAAAGAAACUGCUCCUCCUGCUACCAUAUGCCCUGGUGCACCACCCCGCCGUCGGGCCAGCUCUCGUCUGUGCUCCAUUGCUGCUUCUGCGAAAAUCGCUGCUGAUGCUGCUGUGAAAAUCCCAUCUACGCCAACUUCUCGACCAUACAGGAAGGGCUUCGCCACCCCCAAGCGACCUGCACCCUCCAUGGCUGACUCCCUUAUCCGUGCCCCACGCCGUCUACGAUGCCAA